CCCUACUUCAAUAAAUAAUAAAAAAAACUCUUCAGCCUACCCUGAACGAAAGAGAGAGAGAGAGAGAGAGAGCAGACAGGGCUGAGGGUAGAGGCGGCACAAGAUGUCGAAGCGAGGUCGAGGAGGUUCUGCCGGAAACAAAUUCCGGAUGUCACUUGGUCUUCCGGUUGCAGCGACCGUGAACUGCGCCGACAAUACUGGAGCGAAAAAUCUUUACAUCAUUUCAGUUAAGGGUAUCAAGGGAAGGCUCAAUCGUCUUCCAUCAGCUUGUGUAGGAGAUAUGGUUAUGGCCACUGUCAAGAAAGGCAAGCCGGAUCUCAGGAAGAAGGUCAUGCCUGCUGUCAUAGUCCGCCAGCGUAAACCUUGGCGCCGAAAGGAUGGAGUGUUUAUGUACUUUGAAGAUAAUGCUGGUGUCAUUGUGAAUCCCAAAGGAGAAAUGAAAGGGUCUGCAAUUACAGGACCGAUUGGAAAGGAAUGUGCUGAUCUGUGGCCUAGGAUUGCUAGUGCUGCUAAUGCUAUUGUGUAGACACAAUGGGUUUUGGACCGUGUUAACUCACUUGUUUGCUAUUCUUUGUGAGGAUUUUGCCUUUUCUAUUAUAGUUUAUGUUUUUGGCUUGAAGUUUAUAAGUUAUAUUUGACAUUUAAUGCUAUUAUUGUGUUUUAUUGUUUUA